AUGACUCUUGAUUCUGGUGCUGAACCUUCUAUUAUAACAGAAAAUAUCAUUAAACAUGUUGGAGUUAAAAUUAAUAAAUCUGAAACACAUGUUCUUAGUGAUAUUGCUACUAUUUCAGUUGAAUCUAUUGGGGUCAUCUAUAAUUUGCUCAUUACUUUAGCUCCAAGUUGUAUUAUUUAUAAAGAUUUUAUUGUUAGUAAGAAGUCUACACCUUCAGAAUAUAUUUUACAUGACUUGCAGAACUUAAAUAUGAAUGAUGUAUUUAAAAAAAACAUAUAG